UCUGGAGAUAUCCUGCUUACAGACGGACGGACGGACGGACAAAACGAUUCGUAAAAAAAACACCCAACAAUGCAUUUGUUGCAACUCUUUGAGACAUUUUGUAAUCUUGAAUAUUGUGAGUUUUGUACUUUUGUGCAGAGGUGCAAAAAGGCGCCUUUUUGAGAAAAAAUUCAUGCCUUUUUGCCGUUUUGCCCGUUUCAAUGCCGAAUUGCCCGUUUGCGUGCCUUUUUGCCUGUUUGCCCGUUUCAAUGCCUAAAUGCAUAUACUUAACUGCAUACACUGACACUUGAAAUUUUUCUUUAUUGGGUGAAAGUUGCACUUAAUCAAGUUUAACUACGCAUUGCUGUUGGACACUUCACCCCAAUUCAGCGCUUCAUUAAAUGAAUUGCACCUGAUUUAUAUAAUUUGCCACGCAUUCCAUUCAACUAUUUGAACGCUGUUCAACAAAACUAUUCAAAAUCAAUAUUAAUCUUGAAUAAUUGUGAAGUGAACAGAAUGAGUCGGCAAAUGAGUCAUCUCAUUCUUGUUGGGAGCCAAGAAAUUUUAAACGAAUUGGAUAGAGUUGAUGAUUUCGACUGCAAUUCUGAUACUGGAGAAUUGGCCAUAUCCGAGGAGGAUGUUCUGGAGGUGUUGGGCGACCGGGACGAGCAAAAAUCCACCGAAGAAAACAUGGAAAGUGGAGACGACUCGGACUAUACUCCUGAAGAACUUUUGGAUGAUGACGAAUCUACAACGCCACGGAGAUCAAAUCAAAACUCGACGAAGCGAUCGGGUGGACGAUUGAAAGACAAGAUUUGGCAAGAGUUCAUGGAAUCAUACGAUUCGCCUGGAAGUUUUACAUGCAAACGAUGUGAUUGGACCGUGAAACAACCAAAACGGGAUCGCCUGAAAAAACAUUUUGAAACAAAAUGUGGGCGAAAGAGGGCAAACGUAGAGAGUUUGUCAACUGUCCCAACCAAAACAAGUGCUGUGUCAGAUUGGAGUCCAGAUCGUCCUUCUCAACAUCCUCAAGUCAAGGUACACAUCGCGACAGUGUUCUUUCCGUGGCUGUUUUGUACUUGAACUAUUUGGAGGAGCAGGGCUACAAGGUGACCAAGUCGAAUAUUAACGUCAUGGAUUGGGAAACGAGAUGGACGUUUACUUUGCAGAAAUAGUUUAAAUUGAUAUGUACAAACGUAUAUUUGUAUAUAUGCAGUAAUAAAAUUGUGACAUGAUUCCCUGAAACAAUUUUUGGA